GGGAACGCGUGGUAUUCUGGGAGCGCGGGACCCGCCAUUCCUUGGCUUCCACCUUCGCAGUUGCUCGAGUUGCUGCCGCACGGGAAAGGAAGAGUAGGCCGGAGCCGGUGAGAACUCUUUUCCUGCCAAGAUGUCUAUUGGUGUGCCGAUUAAAGUCCUACACGAGGCUGAGGGUCACAUCGUGACAUGUGAGACAAACACCGGCGAGGUGUAUCGUGGGAAGCUCAUUGAGGCGGAGGACAACAUGAACUGCCAGAUGUCCAACAUCACAGUCACAUACAGAGACGGCCGAGUGGCACAGCUGGAGCAGGUGUACAUCCGUGGCAGCAAGAUCCGCUUUCUCAUUUUGCCUGACAUGCUGAAAAAUGCACCCAUGUUAAAGAGCAUGAAAAAUAAAAACCAAGGCUCAGGGGCUGGCCGGGGAAAAGCUGCUAUUCUGAAGGCCCAAGUGGCUGCAAGAGGAAGAGGACGUGGAAUGGGGCGUGGAAACAUCUUCCAGAAGCGAAGAUAAAUUUAUCUGUUGAACUGAACUUUGUCGUUAUUUUUUCCCUUAGGUUGUCUGGGUUCAGGGGGGUGUAUGCUUAUGUAUAUGUUCUAGGUUUUCUUUUGACAUCUUUCUCUUUAGAGCAGAGGAAAUGUUAAACUAAAUAAAUAUGGUGGUGAUUGUUUGUUUUGUUUUCUUUUUGAAAAAAUA